CUGUGUCACGAACAGCGAAAAAAGACAGAGGGUUUUUGGGAAACGUGCCAACUACUCUCAUCCACUCCAGGACAAAAGAAUUGUCUUUAACCUUUGGCAUGUAUAAAGACCUCACAGUUCUGACCCGUUGUGAAACUACUAUCUCUGCUUAAAGCAAGACUGCAAUGAACAGACAACAGAGGAAGAGAAACAGGAAGUAUAGCAGAGAGCCAGCAGUUAAUGAGUAACAGCUUGCGGGUCUCAAAGGUCUCCACAUCCCUGCAAAGGCUGCCGGGAAGACUCCAGGCAGGCGAGAGUGACGGAGAGAGAUAAGACGAAAAACAACAGCUCGGCGCAGUUGGAGGACGGAGCGCUCGCUUGCGGACGAUGGCGAAGAAAAAGGUAAACGCCGGCCCCCUGGCCCGCCGGCCGGACAACUCGGCCUUUAAGCAGCAGAGACUCCCCGCCUGGUCGCCCAUGCUGACGGCUGAAACUGUGCUGCCCUUCUUCUUCCUCAUGGGGGUGCUGUGUGUCCUCCUGGGGGUCUGGCUCCUGCUAACAGUGCGGGGGACGCGUGAGAUUAAGGUGGACUACACUGAUGCGGGUACGUGCAAAACCUGCUACGAGAUGCGCGAACACAGCACUAAAGCCCAUCAGAGCUGCAGCUGUGCAGUGAGCUUCUCUCUCAGUGAAAGCUUUACGGGGAACGUGUUUUUCUACUACGGCUUAGUCAACUUCCACCAGAACCUGCGCAGGUACAUGGACUCCAGAGAUGACGGUCAGCUGGUCGGACGAAUAAAAAAGCUGAAGAACCCAAGCUCCUACUGUGAGCCCUUCGCCCGAUACAAGAACAACACACCAAUUGCACCCUGUGGAGCCAUUGCAAACAGCAUGUUCAAUGACUCCUUUGUUCUACACUAUCACCCUACGGAGGGCACAUCACUCCCAGUUCCUCUGUACAGGAAAGGAAUCGCCUGGUACACAGACAAAAAUGUCAAGUUCAGCAACCCAGAAGUUUCCAACGAGACUCUCUCCCAGGUCUUUCAAGGAACAGCUCGACCCUUCUACUGGCAGAAACCAGUGUACGAGCUUGACCCGUCAGACCCAAACAACAACGGGUUCAUCAACGAGGACCUGAUCGUGUGGAUGCGAGAGGCGGCCUUCCCGAAUUUUAAGAAGCUGUACGGCAUACUGAACCGCUCCCAGACCGUUUUCUCUGACGGCCUCCCUGCGGGAAACUACAGCGUCAACAUCUCCUACAACUACCCAGUGGAGUACUUCCAGGGGAGGAAGCAGGUGGUGCUGACCACGGUGAGCUGGUUCGGAGGUCAGAAUCACUUCCUGCCUAUUGCCUACAUCGUCACCGGGGGGAUCAUCCUGAUGGUUGCCAUGGCUCUGACGGGAGUGUACCUGAAAGUGGGGAAAGGGGGCAUAAAUAUGGAGGAGUGAGCGGGACCAGACGGUUGCGCCCCCUCUCAGAGCAGCCCUUUCAGCAACACUUGGAAAUGAGGAUUCUCUGAACA